AUGGCCAUCAACUCCGCCCCCGAGUCCUCCCUCCUCUCCCUCCUCUACCGGUCCUACCCGGCCGCCAUCUCCCCGGACGCCACCGAGCCCGACCUCCAGACAGCGACCCCGAAAAUCUUCCCGCACACCAAGUUUUCCGUCACCGAGGAGGCCGACGUCAAGCAAUGGCUGGCCACGAUCUCCGGCCUGCAGCACGCCCAGGGCAAGGACGAUCAGACGGUGAUCGCCAACAUCCUGGGCCAGCUGAACACUCACCUGGCCACCCGCACCACGCUGCUGGGCGCUAAGCCCUCCGUCGCCGACAUUGCCGUCUACGCUCUGCUCGCGCCCCUGGUCGAGAAGUGGUCCCCCGAGGAACGCACCGGCGAGCAGGGCUACCACCACAUCGUCCGCCACGUCGACUUCGUCCAAAACAGCCCGCUGUUCGCCCUGCAGAUCCCCGAGGAGGAGAAGGUUGCCAUCGACGUGAACGACGUGCGCUUCGUGCCCAAGCCCGUCGACCCCAAGGCCGAGAAGGAGCGCAAGAAGAAGGAGAAGGCCGCUGCCGCUGCCGCUGCCGCUGGCGGCGCGGAGGGCAAGCCCCUCGUCGUCGGCCAGGGUAAGCCUGCUGCCGAGAAGAAGCAGAAGGCCGACUCGGUCCCCGCUGCUGCUGCUGCUACCGAAACUGCGGCCGCCGCUGCCGCCGCCAAACCUGAAGGCGGCAAGCCCAAGAAGGAGAAGAAGGAGAAGCAGCCCAAGCAGCCCAAGGCGGCGCCGGCGCCCGCCGCUCCCCCGUCCCCCUCCAUCAUCGACCUCCGGGUCGGCCACAUCCUGCGCGCGAUCAACCACCCAAACGCGGACUCGCUGUUCGUGUCGACGAUCGACUGCGGUGACGCCCCGGGCACGGAGAACACCUCCCUGGACGAGGCGACGGGCAAGACGGUGCGCACGGUGUGCUCCGGCUUGAACGGGCUGAUCCCGCUGGAGGAGAUGCAGAACCGCAAGAUCGUCGCCGUCUGCAACCUCAAGCCCGUCACCAUGCGCGGCAUCAAGUCCGUCGCCAUGGUGCUGGCCGCCUCCCCGCGCGUCGCCGAGGGCGAGGACUCCCACGCCGGCCCCGUCGAGCUCGUCGCCCCGCCCGCCGACGCCCCCGCCGGCGAGCGCAUCACUUUCGACGGCUGGUCCGAGGGCGAGCCCGAGAAGGUCCUCAACCCCAAGAAGAAGGUCUGGGAGACCUUCCAGCCCGGCUUCACCACCACCGACAACCUCGAGGUCGCCUUCGAGAGCGCCGCUGUCCCCGCCGUCCAGGGCCAGGAGGGCAAGCCCGCCCUCGGCCUGCUGAAGACCGCCUCCGGCGGCAUCUGCACCGUCAAGAGCUUGAAGGGUGCCACCGUUCGGUAA